CUUUUUACCCACAAAGAUGAAUUUCCAUUCAUCAAGAAUGUAAUAAAUGGCAGAUAUAAUCACAUAAUUCUUCAUUACACACACAUCUUUAAACAAAAUGAAGCAAUCUCUUUUACCUCUGAUGCUCUUGUUCUUAAUUCUUGUCAAAACAGGGGAAUCUGAAACGGGAAUUGCUGGAACUGGACUGGGGUAUUUACCUGAACCAGACGGUGGUAAUGGUGGUCAUGGGGUGGUGAGUGGUGGUGGUGGGGAUGAACCUGAGGUGGUUAUUGUGAAGGCUCUUCAAUGUUUUAGUGAUAAACAUAUCUAUAGGAGUUGUGAAGAGUCUUGUAGGUUGACUGAGAGCGGUCAACUCAACGUGCCACCUGGAUACACCGAUGAAUACUGCAAUGGGCCGUGUUUAAAGGAGACGCAUCUUGUGCUUAAUUGCAUUGAUGAUAUGUUAUCACAUUAUGUUUUUUAUAAUCGUGCUACAGUAAAUGAUGUGAAGGAAACGAUAAAAGCGGGUUGUAGCUAUGGCCCACAUAGAGGUGAUUUUAAUGUGGCUGAGCACAUUGAAGAUGAUGAAAGCAAUGCAUACAAAAUUUCCUACACCAACUCUAUACUGUUUGGGUUUCAAUCUUUGUUUGUUGUUUUUACUCUAUUAUUCUGAUUUCCUUUUGUUAUUGCUUUUUUUCUUUUAUGUGUAAGUGAGACUUGUUUAUGUUAAAAUCAUGUCCGAUCAUAUGAUAUUUUGAAAUCACUAUAUGAAAAUCAAAUUGAGGCUCU